CAUUAUAAAAAUCUAAAUCGUUACCCUUUAUAUUGGCCACCUCCCAACACUAUCAUCACCUUGUCGGCCUCUGUAAUCCUCCCUUCAAACCUCUCUCUCUCUCUCUCUCUCUCUCUCUCUCUAAAUAACAUCAAAAGGUCCUUUCAACUAGUGUUUACAGCUUAAAGACAACCCCACUGAUCUCUCUUUGUUUUCCAACAAGAAUCAAAAUACUCCUUUACACUUGUGUUUUGAGCUUAAAGACAACCAUAUCUCUCUCUCUCUUCAUAUACCAAAAGGAAACCAACCUCUCCUCCUGAUCAUAGUAUCAACCUACUCUCUCUUUACAGUACAAAGAAAACUAGAUCUCUCUCUCGUGUGCAAGGUUUGUUUAGCUAGCCAUAAGUACAACUAUCACCGCCUCAUCAAACUAUAUACCUCUCUCUCUCUCUCUCUCUCACACACACACACACACACAACAUGCAACAUGAACAAUUCAGCUUACCCAGAACCAGUAGCUGCAAAAGCAACAAAAAGAUCAUACCCGCAAACUACAUGCGAUCUUCAACAUCUCUCCAUGAUGUAUCCAAUAAACCCCUAGUCCGAAAAGGGAACGGACUGUCCACUCUUCUCCGAUCACUCCUCAGCUUCAUCUCUUUUCCUUCUAUAUUCCCCACAUGUAGAUGGCUAAGCUUACCUAACCAACUCUCCAUAACACCUUCACUCGGCCGGAAAGUCACGGGCACCCUCUUUGGCCACCGGAGAGGCCACGUCAGCUUCGCCGUUCAAGACGAUCCGCGAUCCGGACCCGUUCUACUCAUAGAACUCGCCAUGUCAACGUCGUCGUUGGUUAAGGAAAUGUCAUCCGGGAUGGUCCGAAUUGCACUGGAGUGCGAGAAAGCACCGGUGGCGGCGCGUGGACGGCACGUGAAGCUGUUCAAUGAGCCCAUGUGGUCUAUGUACUGUAACGGUAGGAAGUGUGGGUACACACUGUCACGGGAGUGUAGCGAGUCGGACUGGCACGUGCUUAAUACGGUGCAGAGUGUGUCGGUAGGCGCGGGAGUGAUUCCGGUGGUGGAUGACGGACGGAAAGGUAGUGGGUCAGAGGGUGAGUUAUUGUAUAUGAGAGCUAGGUUUGAGCGAGUGGUGGGGAGUCGUGACUCGGAAGCGUUCUAUAUGAUGAACCCGGACGGCAAUGGUGGACCUGAACUCAGUAUAUUUCUGCUUAGGAUAUAAAUAUAAGGUUUGUUUGGGAAUUUAAUAUGCGCAAAUAGGAGAUGAAUGUUUAGUCACUGUAAUGUGUAUUUUAAACUUGUAUGACCGUGUGCUUUUGAUUUAUAUUGUUCUUGAUGUUAAACAAAAGCUUACCUCAACUAAACACGCUUUUAAAAGUAUACCUA